CGAGCCGCCCCGGCAGGUCGAUGAGUCGGCGCUCGGGGCCCCAGCCGGUGCCUGAACGUGCCGCGCGCAUCCAUCGCGGCCGGGACGGAGCGGAGGAACUGUAUUUCAAGAAUCUUUCCAAACAGAAACAAAACAUGGAGAAGAAUGGGAACAACCGAAAACUUCGGAUUUGCGUUGCUACUUGCAACCGAGCUGAUUAUUCAAAAUUAGCUCCUAUUAUGUUUGGCAUUAAGGCGGAACCACAAUUCUUUGAACUUGAUGUAGUGGUGCUUGGCUCCCAUCUGAUUGAUGACUAUGGUAACACCUACCGUAUGAUUGAACAAGACGACUUUGACAUUCACACGAGGUUGCACACCAUAGUGAGAGGCGAAGACGAGGCAGCCAUGGUGGAGUCGGUAGGCCUUGCAUUAGUAAAGCUACCAGAUGUCCUCAGCCGUCUGAAACCUGACAUAGUGAUUGUUCAUGGGGACAGAUUUGAUGCUCUGGCACUGGCCACAUCUGCAGCCCUGAUGAAUAUUCGGAUUCUUCAUAUUGAAGGCGGGGAAGUCAGUGGGACCAUAGAUGACUCAAUAAGACACGCCAUAACCAAACUGGCUCAUUUUCAUGUGUGUUGCACAAGAAGUGCAGAGCAGCAUUUGAUAUCCAUGUGCGAAGACCAUGAUCGCAUUCUUUUGGCUGGCUGUCCCUCAUAUGACAAGCUUCUCUCCUCCAAAAAGAAAGACUACAUGAGUAUUAUACGUAUGUGGAUAGGUGAAGAUGUAAAACCAAGAGAUUAUAUAGUUGCUCUGCAGCACCCUGUGACCACGGAUAUUAAACAUUCCAUAAAGAUGUUUGAACUAACGUUGGAUGCACUCAUCUCCUUUAACAAAAGGACACUAGUUCUGUUCCCAAACAUUGAUGCAGGAAGCAAAGAGAUGGUUCGGGUGAUGAGGAAGAAGGGCAUUGAGCAUCAUCCCAAUUUUCGAGCAGUAAAGCAUGUUCCGUUUGAGCAGUUCAUCCAGUUAGUGGCACAUGCUGGCUGUGUGAUUGGUAACAGCAGCUGUGGUGUUCGAGAGGUGGGAGCGUUUGGAACCCCUGUCAUCAAUCUGGGAACACGUCAAAUAGGAAGAGAAACAGGCGAAAAUGUUCUUCAUGUUCGUGAUGCUGACACACAAGACAAAAUACUACAAGCUUUGCAUCUUCAAUUUGGAAAACAGUAUCCUUGCUCAAAAAUAUAUGGGGAUGGUAAUGCUGUCCCAAGAAUUCUGAAGUUCCUCAAAUCUAUUGACCUCAAAGAGCCACUGCAGAAGAAGUUCUGCUUCCCUCCUGUAAAGGAGAACAUCUCACAAGAUAUUGACCAUAUCCUAGAAACCCAGAGUGCCUUGGCUGUGGAUCUAGGUGGAACAAAUCUCCGAGUAGCAAUAGUCAGUAUGAAGGGUGAAAUAGUGAAGAAAUAUACCCAGCUCAAUCCUAAAACGUAUGAAGACAGAAUAGGAUUGAUUCUGAAGAUGUGUAUGGAGGCUGCAUCAGAAGCUGUAAAUCUGAACUGCAGAAUUUUGGGAGUGGGUAUUUCUACAGGUGGACGGGUGAAUCCCCGAGAAGGAAUCGUACUUCAUUCCACAAAGCUCAUUCAGGAGUGGAGUUCUGUUGAUCUGAGGACCCCGAUAUCUGACGCUCUGCACUUACCAGUCUGGGUGGACAAUGAUGGCAACUGUGCUGCUCUGGCAGAGAGGAAAUUUGGGCAUGGAAAAGGAGUGGAAAGUUUUGUAACGCUAAUCACUGGUACAGGAAUUGGAGGUGGAAUCAUUCAUCAACAUGAAUUGAUCCAUGGAAGUUCCUUUUGUGCUGCUGAACUCGGACACAUUGUGGUGUCUCUAGAAGGACCAGAGUGCCUGUGUGGUAGCCAUGGAUGUAUAGAAGCAUAUGCCUCUGGAAUAGCCUUGCAGAGAGAAGCUAAAAAACUACAUGAUGAUGAUCUGUUGUUAGUGGGCGGAAUGUCAGUGAAGACAGAAGAGACCAUUAGUGCUGUGCAUCUCAUUCAGGCAGCUAAACUUGGGAAUGCAAAGGCUGACAGCAUUCUCAGAACAGCUGGGACAGCUCUAGGCCUUGGAGUAGUGAAUAUCCUGCACACCAUGAACCCCUCUCUGGUGAUCCUUUCUGGAGUUUUAGCAGGCCAUUAUGUUAACCUCGUCAAAGAUGUGAUCCGUCAGCAGGCUUUGUUCUCUGCUGCCACAGUGGAUGUAGUUGUCUCAAAUCUGGCGGACCCUGCUCUGCUUGGAGCUGCUAGCCUGGUGCUAGAUUACAGUACACGCCGAAUAUACUAGAAUCAAGGAAAUGUAGUACCUGGAGGGGUCAUCUUGUCCAGCCCCCUGCACUGAGGAAAGACCAAGUAAACACGGACCAUCCCUGACAGAUGUUUGUCCAAUCUGUUCUUAAAACCUCCACUGAUGGGGAUAGGGAUGGGAAUUCCCUUGGAGCCAAUUCCAAUACUUCACUACUUUUGAACUGGAAGGAUAGUGAACGUAAAUAUCCCUUGUGGCUGAUUAUGCACAUUACUUUUUGUCCUACCUUUGGUAAACAUGGAGAACUGAUAACAUCUGAGAACUGCUGCUAGGUUCUCUCCCACCCAAAACGUCUUCAAAACUAAACAUGCCCUUUUUCUGGCCUUCCCUCACAGGUCAGGCUUUCUAAAGCUUUUAUUUUUUGUUGCUCUCAUUGAUUCCCAAAGGUUGAUUCUCAUUAGUUGGCGGCCAUUAAAACAUUUUGAUGGUUAGAUAUAGCCUUUACACUAGAUUUGGUGCUUGCUUUGGCGAGUACUGAGGAUAUAAUCCAUCUAUACAUCUUUAAACUACAUAGUUCAACAUUAAAAAAAAAAGUAAAGUAUCACCAAUAAUAUACUAGAUUAAGGAAAUUACUUGAUGUGUCAAGCUCUGUCUAGACGGAAGUUAAAAGUGCACAAAACUAGCUUUUAAUAAAUAAAAUUCUUGAAAUUUGCUGACAUCAAAACAUUUGCAUUUCAAACUCAUUUAUUAAAAACAGGAGGUAUUAUUUGUAGUUCAUGAACUGAUUUCUAGUCACCACACCCUUUGAGAUUUUAGCACUAGUAGAUCCUCACACAUCUAGGCUGUUUUCCCCCCCCAUAGAUUGGAAGAUGGAAAACUUUCCUGCUUUUUCAACUCUCAAUUGGUUUCUUAAUUUUGAACGAAGACGUCACCGCACUGAACUAACAAUAAACUGAAAUGAAAAAUUCUCUGCACCUGCAAAAGACAACUGCUGAUGAAGCACUUCAACAGAUUCUGGUUUUGAGUGCUCAGCCAGUGACUUCCACCAGCUCAGUGAUUUGAUUGUUCAAAACCUGGCAGAUUAUGUUCUAGAUUUUUGAUUUUAAAUUAUUUUUAAUAAAUCUAUGUUAAGACCUAAGCUUAGUUUAUUUAAACAACUAAAACUUGCAAUUUAAAAAUUUUUUGUUUGUUUGUUUUUAAAUGAGAUUUUUAGCCACUCUGUGCUUGAGCAUUUAUGUCCACCAUACUGGAGACCUGUUUGGAAUCAUUGAAGUUACUACUUUUCCACUUGGAAGUCUCACAGAAGAGCCAUCCCAAGCGCUGUAAAAACUGUCAAUCACACCCAUUUGGGCCAGUGCUCCUCCAAGUUCACCAUUACCACAAUGGAGGAGGGAAAUGAACCCCUCUUCCUAAACUGAGCUCAUCCCCCAGUUACAAGGAGUUCACAUCAGUUAUCUGAGGGUUUACAGUACCUGAUCUCCAGGACUUAGCUAAAGGAGAGGCUUUGAUGACAUUCUCAACUUCAUGGUCAGUCUACCCAGAAAUGAGUUACUCCUACCCUCAACAGGAAGAGGUGAGCAGUAUGGAAAUUUCAUUUCCAUGAGAAGUGAAGAGUAGGGGUGUUGCCAGAGUUCCAAGGGGAAGUCCCCCAAGUCCAUCAUUUGAUUAGUACAAAAAUAGGACUCUUCCCAAUCCCAUGGGAGCUUCAGCUCCUCUUCCACCUCAAAGGACCAUGCCUGCCUCUCUCAGUCCCAUUAUGCAGAGGUUUCUCACCUGGGAGCAAUGGUUAGGUGAGGGGGAGAUAAGGAGUUAGACUGACCUGUUCCAAUGAGGGAGUUGCCCCAGGAAACUCCCAAGUUUCAAGAGACCAAGUGGACCAUUUGACAAGUCCCUGUACUUCCAACAUAGUUUUGCUGUCUAGUGGUCAAACCAUUGACUGGUACAAGAAGUUUAUUCUUAAUUUUUAAAAUGGACACAUAAGUCAGGUUCUUAAGACCAUAUAAAGUCAUUACUAUAUCACUGUUCAGCAGCCGAGGAGGGGUUAUGGAUCAGCGUUCACAUCUCAUUCUCUGUCAGUACCUGACCCAAGCCAGGGAAGCUAAAUGAUCCAAUCACAGACCGGAUUCAGUGAUGAAUCCUGGUCACUGCCACUUGACGCGUGCUGCACAUACACAGAGAGAAACAGAGCUUAAGAAUUAUUGGCCAGGUUUACAGCAACUCAGUACCGAGUUCUGGCUGAAGACUCAUCUCCCUGCUCCAGCCAUUGGAACAUGGCUACAAAUUCAAGAGGUAAGAAUUAUAAUCCAGAGAGUCAGAUUUUGGGUCAAAGUCUGCCGCGCCACAGAUCCUGUCACUAGAAUGUUAUCUAGGAUAGGAGGUCACCCCUCAUGGGGUACUGACACCUUCCAUUUGAGGGGGGGGGGGGGAAAUCAAGUCUCUGCCCACCCAGUUGGCAAGAACAAGAUGAUUAAUUGCUGGGGUUUGUUUAACCUAUCCUGUGAGGGUGCCGAGGUAUUGAGAGGUUAUUGUGGGAAAGCCAAAAAAAGAUGAUGUUCUUGCCACCUAAGCUGAGCAGGCCAUGAAGCGCAAGUUAAAAAUCUUACUGUUGCUAAUUGUGCUGGCUCCAACUACACUGAUGCACUAGGCCACAACUACAGGUCUCAAGAACAUCCUCAUGGCACUUACCAUAAGGCCGCUGAUAAGAAGAACUGCUCUCACAAGUCUUACUGCUGAAUACCUAAGAGUUGCACUGGAGGACCAAAAGCACCAGCGUAUCUUUAGUCUGACAGUGGAUAUAGACAAGUAUACAAGAUGCCAACAGCACUCUGGCUAUGUUUCAAUUCCUUCCACAAACCUCAACCAUUCCAAAGAGCUACAGAAAAU